AUUCCAGAUACAAACCACGCGAAACCACCAAACCCUUCGACAUUGACUUUUGUUAAACCAAGAAAACCUCUCUCCACGAUGAGCGUGCUCCUCCUCAACGACCAAACCAUCCUAGGUUUCAUCAACGACAAGGAGGCCUUCGGCGGCUGUGCCGGCGAGCGUUUCCGGGAGCUCGACGUCGACGGCGACGGGCUGAUCUCUCGUGAGGAGCUCCGGUGGGGGUUCGGCAGCGGCAUAGCCUUGGACCACGAGGGGGACGCCGAGGAAGGGACCGAUGGGCCGUUUGAUGCGGCUUUCGACCGGUGCGACGGGGACAAGGACGGGGCGCUCGGCCCAGAGGAGUUCAGGGGGUUCGUCGAGGAGAUCAUGCGUGCAUUGGCCCAGGGGAUCGGCGGGGUGCCCGUCUCGAUGGUUCUCCAGGAGGGUAGCUUGUUCGUCAAGGCUGUUGAACAUGAGUUGGAGCAGAGAAAGAAGGUCCAAUCAGCAGCAACAAGCGUAAGUACACCUCGUUCGAGUGCUAAAGAGAGGAAACACAAACCCAGGUUGGGCCUGUUUCUUUGCUUCUGUGGGGAACCAUCAGCUAAGCAUCACAGUCACGAGCAAGUCCAUCAUCUCCCAGAAAUGGACAGUUAAUUGUCGAAAGAUUUUGCAGCCCCCCUUCACCAUUUUAGCUUUUUCCUCGAUCAAUAUGACUGCCAAGAGAGGAACGAGAUUCGUGUUUCGGAUUGGAUCUGAACAGACGCCGCUUGUGAAUGUGCAGUUUCAUUUGUCAUUUAGAACUGAGUGUUACAUUAUGAUGUUUGGAGGGACUGAGCCUUGUUAACUGAUUGAAAACGAGGAAGCACUCAACGAUCUUACCAUUUUGUAAUUUCUUGUUGUCAUUCAUGGAGUCGUGACUGGUACCAGGGCUCAUAUUAGAUCUGUGGAAUCAAAAUGUUCUUUGUUGGUAUAAA